AUUGGCUAAGAAAACAGCAAUUCAGUCGCUGAUUGGCUGUAGCCUCACCGGCGUUGCUGUCAACACCAGAAAAACAUGGCGGCUCCCAUGAGCGGCAUGGCUGGAUCCACCAGCAUAGGCAACGCAACUAGUUUUCAGAAAACCCCCCGAAGAAAACUAGUUUCUAUCCCUGGUACAAGACCGUCUGUACAGAACGGACAGCUCUUAGUAUCGUCUGGCGUCAGUUCGCUUGACUACGUGAUUGGUGGAGGCCUGGCAGUUGGAACUCUGCUGCUUGUAGCUUUGAGUGACCUGGCAUCCGCCCGAGAUCACCCUGAUGAGAUCGUGCAGGAACUCCCUUCUCCAAUUGUGGAUGAUGUUGCCGGCAUGAAAAUCAGCGAGGGUCAGUCUCAGCCGAGUGAUCCAGAGAAUCCAGACACAAUGAAAAUCGCCUGGCGCUACCAGAACCAACCAAGAGUUCAGGUAAAAGACCAUCUUCCGUUACCAGUACCCUAUCAUGCUCUCCUGAAGUCUAUCCAGACGGUCAUCCGGAAAGAAGGGUUUGACGGAUCCGCACCACAGUCUAAGGUUCGGAAUGUCCUGCGGCUGGGUCUUCAUUCUCUGGGGUCAGUGCUCUGGGGGGAUGAUGUGUGCUGUAAGGAUAACCCCGCCCACUGCCACGCCCUCACCACAUUUCUCUAUGCCCUCCGAGGCCUUUUACGCACUUCACUCUCAGUCGCUAUGGUGACCGUACCCUCCCACCUCAUACAGAACAGAGCUGUAAUGGGACGAAUAAUCAGACUGAGUGACACAGCCAUUGCUCUGGAAUCAUUCAGAGGCUCGGAGAAGGAGACCAACCCACUUUACAAAGACUAUCACGGUCUCCUGCAUGUUCGUCAGUUGCCGCGUCUGAACUGUUUGUCUUGUGAGGUCCCUGAUACGAAGGACUUGGCCUUCAAACUCAAGAGAAAGCAGUUCACAAUUGAGAGACUGCAUUUGCCUCCAGACCUGUCAGAGACGGUGAGUCGAGUAAGUAAAACAGAACUGGCAGCAGGAUGUGGCAACACUGCCACGGGCAACAAGCACCUAGAUUUCUAGCGUAUUCCCAUUCCUCCUGCACACUGCACCCCCCCGUGAUGUUCAAGGGCAAGAGAGCGCUGGAGCUGCACUACGCCAGCACUAGGUUACGGUCACACCUGCACUGACACACUUACUCUCAUGAUUAGUGUAUGAGAUUAAGAUGGAGCAGCGUUUAGUAACUACACAACAUGGAGAAUCAUGAAUGAGAUUAAGAUGGAGCAGCGUUUACUAACUACACAACAUGGAGAAGCAUACAAGACCGUGAUAUUCAGUGUCACAAACACCUAGCGUUUUUUUUAACAACCUACCUGUUGCUUUCUUUGGAUAAAACAAGAAUGUGAUGCAAAUAACGAUGAAGUAGUUUGACUGCCAGUGUCUUUUCAGUGCACGUCAUGGCUUCCUGAUGUUUAUUAGCUUAGUUAGCAAAUAAAUAUUGGGCGUCUAUAAAGUUUCAACCAAAAAUGUAAACAAUGUCAUGUUUUUAUUCACGUUCAAAAAAAGGUUUGUGGCCGAAAACAUUUUUGCCGCCCCCAUUUUCAAGCUGGUUGAUUAUUUCUGGUUCGUAAUGUUGUUCUGUUCAGGAUAUAAUUAAAUAAAGCAGAAAUAUAUAUAAAAAUAGGACUUGACACAUCGUUUCUUUCUUUUGCUUAGUGUUGUCAUU